AUGGAAAAACUGGAGAUGAGUAUUCGUGAACCGUACAGUGUUAGUAAAGAUUCAUUAGUAUUUCUGGAUCCUGAUUUGGUGCGUGGAAACACACAAGAAACAGAUUUUGGCUUUGAUGAUUUAACCUUACCAACUCAGAAUCUAUCUGAUAAUGCAGCCACACCCACGCAUAACCAGAGUUCUGUAUUUCCGGGAACAGAAAGUCGCGAUGGGGACGGAACAACGAGAAUGCAACGUGGAUUAACAGAUUUACCGUUUGAAGAUGAAGAAGAAGGCUACUGUGAAAAAGAUUUACCAAAACAUGCUUGCGCAUAUUGUGGAAUAAGUGAUCCAGCUGCUGUUGUAAUGUGUAAUCAGACAAAAAAAUGGUUUUGUAAUGGCCGUGGAAAUACAUCUGGAAGUCAUAUCAUCAAUCACUUGGUAAGAGCUAAAUGUAAAGAGGUAACGUUACAUAAAGAUGGACCAUUGGGUGAAACAAUUUUGGAAUGUUACAAUUGUGGAUGUCGAAAUACAUUUUUACUUGGAUUUAUACCAGCUAAAGCUGAUAGUGUCGUGGUUUUGUUAUGCCGUCAACCUUGUGCAAGUCAAAGUGCUUUGAAGGAUAUGAAUUGGGAUCCAUCACAAUGGCAACCACUUAUACAAGAUCGUUCGUUUUUAACAUGGCUCGUUAAGAUUCCGUCCGAACAAGAACAAUUACGAGCUAGACAAAUAACAGCCCAAAUGAUUAACCGUCUCGAGGAAUUAUGGAAAGAAAAUCCUGAUGCAACCAUUGGUGAUUUAGAAAAACCGGGCAUCGAUGAAGAGCCACAACAAGUAUUAUUGAGAUAUGAAGAUGCAUACCAGUACCAAAAUAUAUUUGGACCAUUGGUUAAAAUGGAAGCGGACGAUGAUCGAAAACUGAAAGAAUCUCAAACUCAAGAUAAUGUCAAUGUAAGAUGGGAUAUGGGUUUGAAUAAAAAACGUCUGGCUUACUUUUGUCUACCAAAAGCGAAUGAGGAGAUGCGCUUAAUGCCCGGUGACGAACUUCGUUUACGUUAUGUCGGUGAUCCACAAAAGCCAUGGUCUGGUGUCGGUCAUGUCGUCAAAGUCCCCAAUAAUUAUGGAGAAGAAGUCGGUAUUGAACUGAAAAUAACGCAAGGUGCACCAGUUGAAUACAUAACCAAUUUUGUUGUCGAAUUUGUGUGGAAAUCAACAUCGUUUGACAGAAUGCAAGCUGCAUUAAAAACAUUUGCUGUUGACGAAAAUAGUGUGUCAGCCUAUUUAUACCAUCGUCUACUUGGUCAUGAGGGUGAUGAUUUAGUGAUGAAAGUGACAUUACCAAAACGGUUUUCAGCGCCUGGUCUACCGGAAUUGAAUCAUUCACAAGUGUAUGCUGUUAAAACUGUAUUACAACGACCACUUAGUCUUAUUCAAGGUCCACCUGGAACAGGAAAAACUGUAACAUCUGCUACGAUUGUUUACCAUCUUGCCAAACAAAAUCAUGGUCAAGUACUGGUUUGUGCACCGUCGAAUAUCGCAGUUGAUCAGUUGACAGAAAAAAUUCAUAAAACUGGUUUGAAAGUUGUUCGUUUAUGUGCUAAAUCUCGAGAAGCACUUGAUUCUCCUGUUUCAUUUUUGGCAUUACAUAAUCAAGUUCGAAAUCUGGAAAGUGAGCCAGAAUUGAAAAAACUUCAACAAUUGAAAGAUGAAACUGGUGAAUUAUCAUCAUCAGAUGAAAAACGUUAUCGUACAUUAAAACGCAAAUGUGAAAGUGAUCUGUUGAAAAAUGCAGACGUUAUUUGUUGUACUUGUGUUGGCUCUGGUGAUCCUCGUCUAUCGCGUGGUUACCAAUUUCGUUGUAUACUAAUUGAUGAAUCAACACAAGCUACCGAACCAGAAUGUAUGGUACCGGUUGUACUUGGAGCAAGACAACUGAUAUUAGUUGGCGAUCAUUGUCAAUUGGGACCUGUGGUUAUGUGUAAAAAAGCGGCACGAGCUGGUCUAAGUCAGUCGUUAUUCGAACGUUUGGUUGUUUUGGGUAUUCGGCCUAUACGUUUGCAAGUACAGUAUCGAAUGCAUCCAUGUUUGUCUGCGUUUCCAUCAAAUAUCUUUUAUGAAGGCUCAUUACAGAAUGGUGUAACGGCAGCUGAACGUACAAUAGCCACGUUAGAUUUUCCUUGGUCACAAUCGGAUAAACCUAUGUUUUUCUAUUGUUCAUUGGGUCAAGAAGAAAUAUCAAGUAGCGGAACAUCAUAUUUAAAUCGACAAGAAGCUGGUAUGGUUGAAAAAAUUGCAACACGUUUAUUAAAAGCCGGUAUUAAACCUGACCAAGUUGGAAUAAUCACACCUUAUGAAGGUCAACGGGCAUUUAUCGUUCAACAUAUGCAGUAUAGCGGAUCGCUAAAUGAAAAAUUAUAUCAAGAUAUUGAAGUAGCCAGUGUUGAUGCAUUCCAAGGCAGAGAAAAAGAUUUCAUUAUUUUGUCGUGUGUUCGAGCCAAUGAACAUCAAGGCAUCGGUUUUCUCAACGAUCCAAGACGUCUCAAUGUUGCAUUGACACGUGCCAAAUAUGGCGUUAUUGUGGUUGGCAAUCCCAGAGUACUUUCUCGUCAACCAUUAUGGAAUCAUUUAUUAACAUAUUACAAAGAACAACAUGUGCUUGUCGAAGGGCCAUUGAAUAAUUUAAAAGAAAGCUGUAUUCAAUUUUCGAAACCAAAAAAAUUAGUGAAUCCUACAAAUCCUGGCGGUCGAUUUAUGUCAAAUGUAAUGUUUUCAGCGAAAGAAGCAAUGAUACCUGGUAGUGUUUACGACCGCAGUGGCACAACAGAUAAACGUCAAUUAUUUGGUCCAUAUUAUGCAAAUCAAUUUGGUUUAACAAUGCGAGCUCAUGAUCCUUUAAAUUACAUUGAUCCAAUGGCUCGAACAACAAAUGGAAAUGGUCUAAAUUUACCUUUACCACCACAAAUGAUGCUACCAUCGACAUUAUCAAUGCCUUACAUGAAUGGUUCAUUUAAUCAAAUGAUGAACGGUCGUCAAGUUGGAGGAGGACUAGCGCAAACAGCAGCUGCACAAGCACAACUUACGGCGAAAGGAGCAAAAGGUCGCACUAAAAAUCCACUAAAGCCGCCACGAUUUUCAAAAAAUUUACCAUUUAGUGGCACCACACAAUCACAGGAUGGAACAGCAUUGACUCAAGGUGGAACAAUCAGUCAGCCAUAUCCUAUUUCACAAAGUGGUCUCAUGUCGCAGCCACCGUACGGUUUAUCUCAACAAGACUUUUCUCAAUCUGAUCUAUACGAUAAUUAUCAAUCCCAAGGCGGUGAUCAUCAAUUAUUAUCACAAGAUUCAACAUAUGCUGACCAAACGUUAUUUUUGAAUUCUCAUGGCGCAAGUGGUUUUUCACAUUUUUGA